UUUCGUGUUCAGCUUGUGGCCGAUCCACUUGUCAUUCAGACAUCCCAGGAAUUCAACACGACCCACGACCGACAACCAGCUCGGCGGCACAAACAAGUGGGGAACAAAUCGCGUCCUCGUCGCCCGAGAAAGGUCGAGGAAACGUCGUGUGUCGUCAAAACGGGAACGAGUGUCGACGGGAAGCCACAGACUCCGGAGGAUGCAGGUGUGAAGUCAGACCGUUGGCUACCUUCUUCUGCCGCCCCCCCCCCCCCCCCCCCCCCUGGACAGAGUGAUAACCUCUUCAUCCCUAUUGUCGUCUUCAUACAUGCUUUUACAUGAGGAGGGGGGAGAAACCCGAAGGAUACCGACAGAUGAGGCCCAAGACGUUCCCCGCCAGCAACUACAGCGGCAACAGCCAGCAAAUGCUGCAGGAAAUACGGAACAGCCUGCGCAACCUGUCCAAACCCUCCGACCCGCCUAAAGUGGACGCCGGCGGAGCUGCGGGGAAAAUGCCUCCCGAGGACCCGCGGCAGCAAGGCCGCUGCGUCAACCCCAAAAACCCCUACCACAAGGCCCUGCAGGAGAUCCGCAAGUCCCUCAUGCCGUUCGCCAAUGAGCCCAACACGUCGGGCCCCGAGGCGAACAAACACAUGUCACUGGAGGCCCCGUGUGCAGGGUUCGAAGAGUCCAGCAACAUUCGCAACCCAGUGGCGUUGGACUACAUGAGUAAAGUGACCUACCAGGACUCGAUGAGGGAGCAGAUGUCCGUUAACAACCCCAACACAACAGGCCUGAAAGCCCCAGGAGCUUCCCAUAAGCAACAGUCUGUGCUGAGGAGGCCGAGCUGGAAAGGCUCCAAGGAAUCUCUGGCUCCUCGACACGGUCCCAUCAUGGUGGAUGGAAUAAUGUACCGCUCGGACAGCCCUGGACCGCCGCCGGCCUUUCCGCAGGGUCACCCUGGCAACGGCCAGAGAGUCAACCCUCCGCUGCCGCCUCAAGUGCGCAGUGUGACGCCUCCGCCGAACCGCGGCGCCAUGCCCUCUGCGUCGUCCUGGGACAACAACCCGUCGACCAAGCGCUACUCUGGCAACAUGGAUUACCUGGUGCCCCGCAUCUCUCCGGUCCCGCAGGGGGCGUGGCCUGACGGGUACCAGUCUGGGGCAUCUCAGAACCAGCGUGGGAUCAGCCCCGUGUCUGUGGGCCACCAGCCCAUCAUCAUGCAAAGUUCUGGAGGGAGUAAGUUCACCUUCCCCUCCGGCUGGUCUCAGAACGGCUCCCCUCAGUCGGACUACAUGUCGGGGGGCAGCCGACAGCCCCCUCCCCCAUACCCGGUCAACCAGAGCAGCCGACACAGUCCCACCGAUCAGACUGGGGGCCCUGCAUCCUCUCCCUCGUACGUCAACGGCGGAAACAUCCCGCAGUCCCUGAUGGUGCCCAACCGCAACAGUCACAACCUCGACUUGUGCAACAUCGGCCCCCCUCAGUCCUGGUCCCAGGCCCCCCUGGCCCCCAACCAGCCGCCGUCUUCCUCCGGCAACAGCAGCAACCAGGACCUGUCCCCGUCGUGGCAACACAGCAACAUGCCGGUCCGCUCCAACUCCUUCAACAACCACCAGCUUAACGGCCGAGCGCAGCACCCAGCCGGCUCCCAGCCCUCGGCCACCACGGUCACCGCCAUCACCCAGGCCCCCAUCCUGCAGCCAGUCAAGAGCAUGCGCGUGCACAAGCCUGAGUUGCACACCGCUGUGGCGCCCACACACCCACCAUGGUUGCAGCAGGCCACACCCCCUCAGGCUGCACCUGCCUACCCAGAACCCUCCGCUCCUGCUCCUCAGAUCCCCGCAGCAGCAGAAGUACCCAGCUACCAGGGUCCCCCUCCACCCUACCCUAAGCAUCUCCUGCAGCAGGCGGCCGCACCCUUCCCCCCAGCGUACGAUCCAGGCGUAAAUAAGCUCAGGGAUGAGCCCGCCGAGGAGGAGGGCGGUGGCGGAGGUGGCGCCGACAACUCUAGAGACAAGACGCCAGACAACGCCAAAAGCUCCGCGCCGACCGAGAAGGAGAAGAAACAGAUCACGACAUCGCCCGUUCCCGUCCGCCGCAACAAGAGAGACGAGGAGCGGCGGGGGGAGUCGGGCAGGGUUGCGCUCUACUCCCCCCAGGCCUUCAAGUUCUUUAUGGAGCAACACGUGGAGAACAUCCUGAAGAACCAUCAGCAGCGGAUCCGGAGGAGGAAGCAGCUGGAGAGUGAGAUGCAACGGGUGGGUCUGUCAUCAGAGGCCCAGGAGCAGAUGCGCAUGAUGCUCUGUCAGAAAGAGUCCAACUACAUCCGGCUCAAGCGAGCCAAGAUGGACAAGUCCAUGUUCAAGCGGAUCAAGACGCUCGGCAUCGGCGCGUUCGGCGAGGUGUGCCUGGCACGCAAGGAGGACACGGGCGCGCUGUACGCCAUGAAGACGCUUCGCAAGAAGGACGUGCUGCUGAGGAACCAGGUGGCCCACGUGAAGGCCGAGCGGGAUAUCCUGGCCGAGGCCGAUAACGAGUGGGUGGUGCGCCUCUACUACUCCUUCCAGGACCGGGACAACCUGUACUUCGUCAUGGAGUACAUCCCGGGCGGCGACAUGAUGAGCCUCCUCAUCCGGCUCGGCAUCUUCAAGGAGGAGCUGGCACAGUUCUACAUCGCCGAGCUCACCUGCGCCGUGGAGAGCGUCCACAAGAUGGGCUUCAUCCACCGGGACAUCAAACCCGACAACAUCCUCAUCGACCGUGACGGACACAUCAAGCUGACCGACUUCGGCCUGUGCACCGGCUUCCGCUGGACACACGACUCCAAGUACUACCAGAGCGGCGACCACGUGAGGCAGGACAGCAUGGACUUCAGUAAGGAGUGGGAGGACCCGACCAACUGCCGCUGCACUGACCGGCUGAAGCCCCUGGAGAGGAGGAAGGCCCGGCAGCACCAGCGCUGUCUGGCCCACUCGCUCGUGGGGACGCCCAACUACAUUGCGCCGGAGGUGCUGCUGCGGACAGGCUACACGCAGCUCUGUGAUUGGUGGAGCGUCGGCGUCAUUCUGUAUGAGAUGGUAGUUGGGCAACCUCCCUUCCUAGCGACCACGCCCCUGGAGACACAGCUCAAGGUGAUCAACUGGAAGAGCACGCUGCACGUUCUGCCCCAGGCCAAGCUUAGCCCCGAGGCGUCCGACCUCAUCGUCAAGCUCUGCCGCGGCCCCGAGGACCGCCUUGGCAAGAACGGCACCGACGAGAUCAAGGCCCACCCUUUCUUCGGUGCCGUCGACUUCUCCAGCGACCUGCGGCAGCAGGCCGCGCCCUACGUGCCCACCAUCGCCCACUCCACGGACACGUCCAACUUCGACCCUGUCGACCCCGACAAGCUGUGGAGCAGCGACAGUGACGGCGAGGACGACCUGAACGACACGCUCAACGGCUGGUUCCGCAACGGCAAGCACCCGGAGCACGCCUUCUACGAGUUCACUUUCCGCCGCUUCUUCGACGACAACGGCCACCCGUACAGCUGCCCCAAGCCCAUUGAGUACGAGGGCUACGACGAGGAUGAGGCGGACGGCGAGGGCCCGGCGCAGGAGGAGGCGGCAGCCGGUGGCUCGGCCACUCAGGGCCGAGACCUGGUCUACGUGUAGCGCCUGACGCCGCCUGUACAUACUGUGUGUGUGUGUGUGAGAGAGAGUGUGUGUGUGUGUGUGUGUGUGUGUGUGUGUGUGUGUGUGUGUGUGUGUGUGUGUGUGUGUGUGUGUGUGUGUGUGUGUGUGUGUGUGUGUGUGUGUGUGUGUGUGUGUGUGUGUGUGUGUGUGUGUGUGUGUGUGUGUGUGUGUGUGUGUGUGUGUGUAGGGGGUCGCAGCAGUAAACAGCAUUUAAAACCUUAAACAUAGGAAAGUUUGUUCGUAGGAUCCGUCGUGAAACACUCUGCAGCAGACCAUCACAUCAACACACUUUAACAUAUUUACCUCGACUAGUUAAAGGAAUAGUUUGACUUUUUUGGGAAAAACGAUAAUUCUGAUUUCCGGCUGAGAGCUCGAUGAGAAGAUUGAUAUUUCUCUCAUGUUUAACGAUAAAUUGUGAAGCUGGUUAGUGCAACACGAAGACUGAAGGAAAGAGACUUUUUACGAAAGUCAUAACCUCUCAGGUUGGAAGAUUAAUUUGAGUACCAACCCCAAAAUUUCUUUUGUAAUGCUAGUUAUCAAUCUUGACACGGAGAGUUGACGUAUUCGGAUGUUCGACCAACUUUUGAAAACCUAAAGAUAUUCAGAUCUCCACAUUGUAGAAGGUAAAACCAGGAGUUUUCUGGCUUAAAAUGUAUUUCUCUAUUACCGGCGUCUUAUUUAGAAACAAGAUUGGGACUGUAAAAUCCAAAAAAAUAAGCAAUUUUAUUUUCAAUGUACUACGGUGACCAUUACCUGGAGUCUGGGGGGUCGCAACGAGAAAUAAUCCAGAUUAUACAGGAACAACACACACGAUGCAAAUUAUUUCUACACCUUGGUUUCCGUGUGGAUAAAGAUAUUACGUGUUAAAGGGACAGUAAGAGAUUCUAAAGUAAAACAAGUGAUUAUUUGCUUGCGGUCCGUUAGCUGUCGGUUCUGUGUGCAAGCAGAAAAAAAAUCGGGGUUUUCGGCUCAACCCUGACUUUCACCUCAUAAAACCCCGUUCCUUUAAAGUGUGAACGUGACACUGUGAUGAUGAUGUGCUGCCUGAAAAUCUUCAGAGGAAACACGAGAAGAAGAAAAGAAAUUCUCUCUUUCGACGACUUAACGCUAAAACCCCCCGAAAGCCUUAAUUUAUUUCAGAGAAGUGUAACGUGGUGACGUUAGUGUAGACGAGUGGGAAUAGUCUCAUAGGACAUUACAUCUAUCGGUUGAAAAAUAAAAAAAUGGAAGAAAAAAAUAUAUCGUCUUAAUUUAUAUUUGAAUGUCAGUCGCGAUGAGGGGAUUUAGAGUCGUGAGGUAGAAAGUUGCAGGGAUAAAUUGCUCUAAUAGUUAUUGUUGCUGUGCCUUUUUUUCUUUUUUUAAUCUUUCACCAAAUAUAAAAAGAGGGUUCAUAAUAAUCGAGACUGGCAUUUUUCAAAACGAGAGUAGCUGUAGCAUGAUUGAACGAGCGUAGGUUUAUUGUUUUAAUUUUUUUUUCUAAUUUAUACCUUUAAAAAAAACAUGUAUUUAUAAAUGAAGUUGUACACAGUUGAUGUAAAUAUAUUUCUCUUCCCUGUCAGCUGAUUUAUUAUUAUUAUUAUGAUUAUUAUUUUUCCCCUUUAGGGCAGGCCCUCGUCAGUGUCCACUGCCGCUGCUGCCUUCUGUCUGUCACUACGUUUGUAUGUUUCACCUGAAAUCACUAAUUUACGGGACGUAAAAUAGAUUUAAUGACUUUUGUAAAGACUUGAUCACACUUUAUAUUAUCAUCUCUCAACCAAAGCACUACAGAGGUUGGCUUCGAUCACAAGAUCAUUAAAUUAUUUUAUUGUUUUUGAUCACUUCAGUCUGUAGAACCCAGCUCCUUCAAACUACAGUUGGUUUUUUUUACUGUACUAAAGGUAAAUAUAAAGACAAAAUUGAUGAUGUGCCGACAGCAGAGAGAGAGACUUUACUGUAACAUCACAACGAUGAUGAUGCUGAUGCUGAUAAUGGUUUUGUUUCUGCUGUACUUUGUCAUGAGGAAAAUAUUUCUGAAUGUAGUUGUUGUCGUGGACUUGACGGUGACCACUGGCGUUCUGCACUGCUUCUUGUUUUCAUUGUUAAAAGUGAGAGAAUUUUUUUUUUUCUGUACAUUAUUGCUCCGGGAGGUUUGGGUACAGGGGGAGAGGGUGAUCAAUAAAAACAAAACAUGUUUUACAUCCACAAGAAAAA